UGUCUUUCACUUCCUGAUUCUGCGCAUGCUGUGCAAUGGCACGUCGCAUUCUUGGCUGUUUAACUUUUUGACAGCUUUUAAAGAACUUAGCAAUGUCAAGAAUAUUGUGAAUAGACAAUAGCCCAUUGGAUACAGUGUGAACGUAUGACAACUAAACAGUUGUUCUGAGUCGUACUGCAACAUGGACUACAUUCUGUCGGUGACAGGGAGCAGCGCGCGAGCUGUCAGAGACGCAAUCUCGAGUCGAAUCUGGCCUGCAACAACAGAAGAAGUAAACGCGGCAGAGAAUUCUGUCUCUAAAGAAGACCUUUCUGCAUCAAAAGAUGACCACGCCAAAGCAGCGCUAAGAAAAGACACCGGGCAGAAGAAGAGCGCCGAGAAGAAGGAUGGACGCCGCAUGUCCUUCCAGAGACCCAAGGGGACCAUCGAAUAUUCGGUGGAAUCCCGGGAUACGCUCAACAGCAUAGCCCUGAAGUUUGACACCACGCCCAAUGAGCUGGUGCAGCUCAACAAGCUGUUCUCCAGAAAUGUGGUCGCUGGACAGGUUCUGUAUGUCCCUGACCCUGAGUAUGUGUCCAGUGCCGGCAGCUCUCCCUCCAUCAGUCCCAUCAGCCCCCUCUCUCCCACUUCCUCCGAGGCUGACUUGGAGAAGGUGACGGACUCCGAUGCCCCCCCGCGCUCCGAGGCGCACCACCCUCCCCCCGCCUUCUCGGCACUGCGGCAGUCCCGCGUGGUCUCCUCCACCUCCGAGGAGGAAGAGGCCCUCACCGAGAAGUUCCUCAAGAUCAACUGCAAGUACAUCACCGACGGCAAGGGCGUGGUCGGAGGAGUUCUGCUGGUCACGCCCAACAACAUCAUGUUCGACCCGCUGCGUACGGACCCGCUGGUGGUGGAGCGGGGGUGCGAGGAGUACGGCAUCAUGUGUCCCCUGGACGAGGUGCAGUCCGCUGCCGUCUACCGGGAGAUCAUCGACCGCAAGAUCAGCGAGAGCGUACCGCCGGAGGUGGAGGCCCAGUGGCUGGCGGUGCACCACCCUCCGGAGCUGCGUCUGCGUGAGGGAGGCUACGACAGCGCCAGCACAGCCCCGCGCAGCACCGAGGGCUCCUUCUCCGAGGACGUCUUCACCGAGUCAGAGCUGUCGCCCAUCCGCGAGGAGCUGCAGUCCAGCGAGGAGCUGCGGCUGGACGACAAGUCCUCUGGCGCCUCCUGCGAGUCCGUGCAGACCGUGGCAGCCGCCCAGGCAGGGGUGACGGCGGCGGCGACAGCCACAGGGGUCACGGCCACAGACGGUGGCGGUGAUGGGAAAGGAACAGGCAGCACCCGCGCCUCCACAAGCGGCCAGGAGGAGAGGCCCAGCGGCGGGGAGCAGAGCGACACGGACAGCCUGACUGCCCAGCCUCGCUCCUCCCUGGGCUCGGAGCAGACCAGCGAAGACCAGCAGCCUGGCACUCCGACUAACGGCAAGGACCAAGCUGAGCAGGGAGGAGGUGGCCCAUCAUCAAGGCCGGCUUCGCAGAGCUCCGCCACGGGGCCAACCGGCGGCGAGGGCCCUGGAGGCUCCAGCAGGCCGGGCAGCGUCAGGACCAGGGAUUCAGAGUCGGACGUGGAGGAGCUGAGGAAGAUGUGGAAGAGUCACACUAUGCAACAAGCCAAGGAGGAAAGGGAUACCGUGCAGCAGCAGACACAGAAGGAGGAGUCAGCAGCCAAAGCAGAAGGCCCGCCGGUGUUUAGGGAGCGCAAGAGGUCCAGGUCUCACAAGUUCCUGUGCCUUCGGGUGGGCAAACCCAUGAAGAAGACGUUUCUGUCCAACGCCAGCGCCUCCAUGCAGCAGUACGCCCAGCGCGACCGCAAGCACGAGUACUGGUUUGCCGUCCCCCAGGAGAGGACGGAGCACCUGUAUGUGUUCUUCAUCCAGUGGAGCCCAGACAUGUAUGGGGACGGUCUGGGGGGUCUAAGCCAUGAGCCGGGCUUCAUGGUGGUCAAGAAGCUGGAGGAUGCGGAGGGUGCCACAGAGGAGCAGCAGCAGCAGCAGCAGGAGCAGCAGGCCUCAACCAGCGACAACUCUGACGACACCAAGGAGUGGGAGGUAGUGUCGCUGACUGAGUACCACCGGCGAAUCGACGCCCUAAACAGUGAAGAUCUGCGCGCCCUAUGCAAACGUCUCCAGAUAACCACCAAGGAGGAGGUGAACUCGAACCAUGGAGGCUCCAUCACUGCCACCCUGGAGCCAGAGACCUUCAAGCCCAACCUGAGCGAGCCCAGCGACCUGCUGGAGGCUGACCAGAUCGAAAAGAUUGCCAAGCACCUGCCUCCCAGGACCAUCGGCUACCCGUGGACGCUGGCCUACAGCACCAGUAAGCAUGGCAUGAGCAUCAAGACCCUGUACCGGGUCAUGCAGGGCCAGGACACGCCUGUGCUGCUCGUCAUCAAGGACAGCGACGGACAGGUGUUCGGGGCGCUGGCGUCAGAGCCUUUCAAGGUCAGCGAAGGCUUCUACGGAACCGGGGAAACUUUCCUCUUCACGUUCUACCCAGAGUUCGAGGCGUACAAGUGGACAGGAGACAACCUCUUCUUCAUCAAAGGAGAUAUGGACUCCCUUGCAUUUGGUGGUGGAAGUGGGGAGUUUGGCUUGUGGCUGGACGGAGACCUUUACCACGGCCGAAGCCACUCGUGCAAGACCUUCGGCAACCCCAUGCUCUCCAAGAAGGAGGACUUUGUGGUGCAGGACAUCGAGAUCUGGGCUUUUGAGUGAACAUUUUUUUUUUUUGGCGGCGUGGUGCAAAAUUAGGGGUGGGGGUGGGUAGUUAAAGGGAGGGAGGGGCGAGACGUUCGCCAGAGGCGACACUUCUCCAGCAACUCUCCAAGCCAAACGGCAGCAACCUAAACUGCACUGCACUGCACUGCACUGCACGUCCCCCUCUGUGUCCAACGCCCUGGAGAAAGCCUGCUGUCUCGACGGAAAGCAUAACCAACCAUCAACAUGCUUUUAUUGUCGCGCAUUUCUACUACUACUCCUACUACUACUUCAUCACACAGCGCAACACAGGGCUUUUCUUCGUGCAGUUGAUGUAAGAGGUUUUUUGUUUUCGUUGUUCUUCUGUCGUAGUGUGUGUGAGCAUUUCAUUGGAGCCAUGUGCACAGCUUCAGGGAGACAUCAUGAGCCGAUGUAGGAGUUCUUUUAGGGUGGGGGGGAGGUGGGGAGGGGGGGUGCGGCCUUCAGCUCAGCCUUUUUGGCAGCCAUCUUGCAGCUCACUAUUUGGGGUGGGAGGGUGGUUUGUUAGGCAGGGUGGGGUGGGGGUUGCUGCUGUGACAUACCUGAGACAUUGUAUCGCAAUAGAUGAUGGGGGCAUGCAUCCUCCUUUCGGUGACAGACAGCAAGUUGUCAGGUUGGCACCUGCUGUGGAGGGUCGGAAGCCAAGAAGAAGAAGUAGCUGGUUGUGUCCUCCCUCCUGGAGUUUGAGGAUGUAUACCUCGGGACUUCACUUAUGUAUUUUGUGUGCCAGAGGAGGAGAAGAACACAAAGAAACAAAAACAAAAAAACCACACAUUCCCUUUGCUUUAUUGAGCGAAAAGGACCCAUCACAGGAAGAAUUGCAAAUAUUGAACGGCAAGGACACCGUGAAGUAUAGUUGUGGAAGUCUGUUGUAGAGAAAAAAAAAAGUGUUUCUAUGCUCCCGUUUUGUCUGAAGGCGCCAUAAGAAAGCGAUGAAGAAUGACCAUGAUGAUGAUGGUGGUGAUGAAGGUAAUAAUACUUAAAAAAAAGUGUCGUGAAAUUGUAGUCUUUCUGUUGUCUUACCAUCAUAGCACACAGUGUCUAAAGCACAUAACCUAGCUCUUGAGCAGAUUUACCCAUCGUUGUAACGUUCCGUUAAGUGGAUGUACAUGUGAGUCGACGCCGGCCUCUUGUGCAAGGGGCUCAAGCGCGCUGUUUCGUAGACAGUAAUGUGUUGCAAUAGAUUUUGUGGAAUAUGCAAAAUUACUGUCCCGUGACCUCAAAUAACGCAGGCAAGGGGCACUUGGGUCAAACGCCUGUUCUAUUGUCGUUCUUUCGGAGAGAACUUGUAAAGCUUUCAACGUCCUGAUAACAACUGCUUUUCUUGGGUAUCAUUUUGAAAAGCCGUGAAGAGGCGUGUUUUUUUGUUUUUCUUUCAUGAAUAUAUUAUGAAAUUAUAUAUUUAUAUAUACAUAUGAUUAUAUAUAAAUAUAUACAAUUAUAUAUGUUGCUGUUAUGUGUGACAGUGAUCUUUUCUGUGCUGAUAUUUCAGCUGUUACAAAUAUAUUGUAUAUUACCCUGUACAUUAAUGUUAAAAUAGUAGAUUUGUUCCGAUAUAGUAUAUAAAUAUAAAUAUAUAUAUAUAUAAACAAAUAUAUAUGACGUGUGGAUUGGUGGGUUGCUUCUAGCACUUUAAUCUAGUUAUAAGGCCAGGUUCUUAGGCUCUCUGUUAGCAGUAGCUGUACAGUAAAUAUCUAUUUUUUUGUUUCUUCUUUUUUUUAGUUUCUUUUUUUUCUUACCCAAGAUUCUGAAACAUAAUUGGCCGUUGUGAAUGGAAAGCAGGCUACUAAUAUAUGACUAGAGAGGGGGUGGUGGUGGAAGGUGAAGCCUCACGAGGGCUGACCCGAGAAGAGAGCUGAUGCUCGAGGUCAUUUUGAAGGUCACACUCAGGCCCUUUGGGGUAUAGCGGUGUAAAUGGUUGGGCCUGGUUUGAUACUCCUGCUCUCUAGGGCAUAGCCGUGUAAGUGGUUGGGCCUGGUUGAUAUUUUUGCUCUCUCUAAAGGCAUAGCGGAGUAAGAUUGAGUGGUCGGUCUAGUUGAGGGCAAGUUCACAGGCCUCCCUGGCAGGCUGACUACACAGGGAUGUACAUAACCUGUUCUAUCUCUUUCAGCAGCUUUCUAGCCCUCUCUGGUCUUCCACAUCAGUAUUUGUGUUCUUGUGGAGUGACCAAGUUUAACAUGAAUCAAAAAAAGAAGUCCUACUAUUACUACUACUUCUACUACUACUACUACUACUACUACUACUACUACUUCACCGGAAUACAAUGUAACAGUGAUGUAUAAAUGACAAUAAAGCCUAAAUAAAUUGUCAUAA